ACACUUGUUAUUCGUGCUGAAAACCUAACUUCGAUCUUGUACCAAACUAAUUGUUUGCAGCAAAGAUGUUUCUCUCAAGAAGUUUAAGAUUUUCUCUUCUUCCAUUUCUUCCAAUUCUGAGUUCCCGCUUUUGCUCUCACUCUCACUCCCGAACCUUCAUAUUCGACGAAGCCAUCUCAAGAUUCAAUCGCAUGCUUCAUAAGCGCCAUGUUCCUCCCAUCUUCGAAUUUGGAAAGAUUUUGGGAUUCUUUGUGAGGAUGAAGCAGUACCCGACUGCUAUUUCUCUCAUCAAGCAAAUGGAGCUCAAGGGAAUUCACCCUGACCUUGCUAAUCUCACCCUCCUCAUCAAUUGUUUCUGCCACUUGGAUCAAAUGGCCUUCGCUUUCUCUGUAUUUGCCAAGAUUCUCAAACGGGGUUAUCACCCAGAUGCCGUAACCUUAAAUACACUCAUCAGAGGUCUCUGUGAUAGGGGUGAGGUCAUGAAAGCACUCAACCUUCAUGACAAAGUAGUAGCACUAGGAUUUCAGGUCAGCCACUUUACUUACGGGACUCUCAUCAAUGGAUUGUGCAAGAUAGGAGAAAUUAAAGCUGCCGUCGAAUUGUUCAGAACGAUUGAAAGUCGAUCAACGGUAAUGUACAACAUAAUUAUUGACUGUCUUUUCAAAGAUAAACAUCCAAAAGAAGCUUAUGAUUUGUAUUCUGAAAUGGGUGUCAAGGGAAUUUCUCCUGAUCUUUUUACCUAUAAUACUCUGGUUUAUGGCUUUUGCUUAGGGAAUCAGUUAGAAGAAGCGCUUGGUUUCAUAAAUGAAAUGCUAUCAAAUAGCAUCAGGCCAGAUGUUUAUACGUAUAAUAUAUUGAUUGAUGCAUUAUGUAAGGAGGGAAAGCUACGAGAAGCCAAGAAUGUGUUAGGUAUGAUGGUGAAAGCUUAUGUGGGACCUGAUAUUUUUAGCUUUAAUGCUUUAUUGGAUGGGUAUUACUUAGUUAAUGACGUGAAGAAUGCGAAACAAGUAUUCAAUGCAAUGACCAAGAUGGAAGUGAGUCCUAGAGUUUGCAGCUACAAUAUCAUGAUAAAUGGACUCAUAAAGAACGAAAGGGUGGAUGAGGCCAUAAAUCUCUUUCAGGAAAUGCAACAGAGGAAUGUGGUUCCUGAUAUAUUGACAUACAAUACUCUUAUAAAUGGACUUUGUAGGAUGGAAAGGGUGAGUGAGGCCAUAGAUCUCUUCCCGGAAAUGCAUAAGAGGAAUAUGGUUCCAGAUACAGUGACUUACACUACUCUUAUCAAUGGUUUAUUGAAAAUUGGAAGAAUCUCUCAUGUUUGGGAUCUUAUUGAUGAGAUGCAUGAUAGAAAUCAACAACCGGAUGUAAUCACUUACAAUUGUUUGUUACAUGCUUUGUGCAAAAGCUAUCAACUAGACAAGGCAUUUGAAUUAUUCAAGACAAUGACGUUAAAGGGAAUUCAGCCUGAUUUGUACACCUGGAACAUACUUAUUCAUGGAAUGUGCAUAGGGGGAAGACUUCAGAAGGCACGAGAUAUCUUUAAAGAUCUUUUAAUUAAAGGCUACCAUUUAGAUGUAUGGAGUUAUAGUAUUAUGAUCAAUGGUCUUUGUAAAAAAGGUUUGUUUGACGAGGCAUUGUCCGUAUGGUCCAAAAUGGAAGACAAUGGUUGCUUGCCUAAUGAGGUAACUUUUGAAAUAAUGAUUAGGGCUCUCUCUAAAAGGGAUGAGACUGUUAAGGCAAACACACUCCUUCUUGAAAUGAUCUCUAGAGGCUUGUUGAAAUCAUAAAAGGUGAAACCUCAUAUAUUAGAGGAGCGUGACCUCCCUGCAACUUAUGCUUUCCUUGUUGUAUAUUGGAUGUGGAGAUGAUAUAUUUUUUUUAUUGUGUACCCUGUAUUUUGAUCGCUAUAGAACUUCUGUUUUCUUUGACAUUGCAUUUUUACUGUACAAUUUGUUUAACUGAUUAGUACAGGGGUUGAAAUCAAUGAUUUCGUUGUCUUUCAAGACCAAACGGUGACCUCCCUCCCUAUGUCUAAAAUCUUGAUGGUUUUCUUUUUAACUGUUUGAUAUUACCCAUUCAUGUUGGUCAGAGCCCAAAUAUGAUUUUCCUUUAGGGCCUUCAUUGUUGUAUUGUACUUCAGGGAAACCAUAUUUCUUUCAUUAUUGUAAAAAUCACAUUUUGGCAGCUUGAGAACAAGCCCAAUCCAUUCGUCAAGGGAUCAUACCUCCGUUGUUGACUUUGAAAUUGUAAAUCUUAUUGGUCGUGGAGCAUUUGGAAGGGUUUUCUUGGCUAAAAGGAGAACAACUGGUGAUCUUUUUGCAAUAAAGGCAUGUAUACUUUAUGCUUCUUAUUCAUCUGUUGUAUCAUCACUUAAUCUGAACAACCAUGUACUUGUGUUUGUUUCAUGCCUGAUUGUGCAUUGUACUUUUUUGUGGCUUUUAUAGAAGCAGUUCUUUUAAUGACAUUGGGUGACAAGUUUUUAUAAUCUGUGUAGAGUUUUAUUGAUGCUUACAACACUGUGUAUGAAUUGAAAUGUUUAUUAUAGGGCAAAAGCCCCUUUUCAAGGCUCCUUUAGAUAGCUUACUGAAAAAUAGAGAUCAUUUAUAUACAGUUCUUGCUGUACUGCAAAUGAGUUAUGUAAGCUGAGGUGCUGACCUAGUUAGGAUCUCAAUCUUGUAUAGUGAUGCUUUUGCAGACCUUUAAGAUUAAAAUAAACUUGCUUCUAUCUUGGUUUAUGCUUUUACUAUGUAUCUAUUCAUUCAUUAUUAAGGAUAUUAGGUUUUGCUUUGAUGAGGAAGUUGCCAACACUUUCAGUUCAAGCAAUGCCACCUGCGGGUCUGUUGGAUUGGAGCUGAAUAAAAGAGCUUGAAGAGUCAAUUUACUUGUUGACCUGCUAAUUGAGUUACUUGUAGGAUUAGUUAGUGCUAGUUAAGUUGAAUCAAGUGUAAUCAUUGAUUUUUUACCUGUUUUCCAGUUUUUAAAUAGCUGUUGCAACGUGUAUGUCAUGUUUACUUCUUUACAUUCUUAGUUUUACUUUGUUGAAUUUAA